CAGGCAUAGGUGGGAACGGAGGGAGGCGGGAUUGCGGCCAAGGCCUCUUGGCUCCGUGAGUCUGCACCCUCCCUUAUUGCACUACCUGUCAUCAUGACUGCAUUGUACAUGGCCGGUGGUGUGAGGUGUCAACCGUUUUGUGAAUUGUGAUGUGACCAGUAUGGGAAUCACAGACUAUUUCAAACAUAUGUUGCCAUAGAGAACAGACAGGUGGAUUGUUGGAUUCAUGGAGUUAUACAAGAUGGAAGUAGGUCCUUUGUCCUCCUCUUGUUACUAAUAUUGGGGAGGACGUACAGGAGUCUGAAGACCCACACUCAACAAUUCAGAAACAGCAUCACCCUGUCGCUAUCAGACUGUUCAACAAUUGAAAAUUAUAAGCAACAGCCAACCCUGCUGCCAGACUCCACCUUCAAUUACCAUCCACAUGAAAUCUGUAGGAACAAGGUCAAACCAACGAAGGAAAGGCACAAAGCUGAAGCAAGCAUGUGUGCUGAAAGCUCAGAAGAUACAGGGAAAGAAUACUCAUUUAAUUUCAAAGCCCAAACAUACUAGAGGACCUUGUCUGAUUAUUCAGCGCCAAGAAAUGGCAACUUUCUUCAAAUUAUUUGAUGAUGACUUAAUCCAAGACUUUCUGUGGAUGGACUGCUGCUGUAAGGUCUCUGACAAGUACCUUUUAGCUAUGACCUUUGUAUAUUUCAAGAGAGCUGGUUUUGAAAUAAGUGAACAAACCAGAAUGAAUUUCUUUGUUGCUUUAUAUUUAGCCAAUACUGUGGAAGAGGAUGAAGAAGAAUACAAGUAUGAAAUCUUUCCAUGGGCUCUUGGAAAGAAGUGGAAGAAAUUAUUCCCAGAUUUUUUAAAGCAGAGAGAUCAACUUUGGGCAAAAAUCAAUUACAGGGCAGCUGUAAGCAAACGGUGCUGUGAAGAGGUAAUGGCAAUUGCUCCGUCUCAUUAUAUCUGGCAACGAAUAAGGCCAUUACAUCAUAGUGGUGCCAUCAGAAGAUACACACAAAAUGAAGUCAAAAUACCUCGGGGUCCAAGUUGUACACCCAUUUAUUGUUCACUCUGCACCCAGAAAGACGAUUAUCUCAGCAUGCAUAUAUCAUCAUCUUCCUCUUGUGAAAGUCUAAUUAUAAGGAAGAAAGAUUUUCAUCAGAGCAAUCCUAAGCAACAACCAGAUAAUCUGAAGUCUGCUAUUUGCUAUACAACAAUGGACAAUCAAACCAAACAAAAUGGGGGAAGAAAUUACAACCCUGGUGUAUAUGACCCAUCCAUGGACUGGUUUAAUGGAAAUGAGGAGUAAGGUUGCAUUGCAAAUAAUGUUGGAUUCAUGUCACAGUAAUAUGCAGAAGAGAGGAUGGAUAUCCUACUUUUAACAUCAUCAGAUUCCUUCUAUUGCAAACAUACCGGAAAUGAAAAAGUGAAGAACUGACACUUCCCUGUUAAUAACCAUCAUCAAAGGGAUCAUUUCUUUACAAGCUCACACUGAAUUGCAUCACUGAUGUUAUUUUACAGUGUGAAUAUAUUAACAUACUCUGCUGAUAUAAAUUAAGAUAUGACCCUGUAUGAAAUUCUUAAAGAAAUGAAAUGUGCUUUACAAACAUUUUUCAUGACUAUCAUUGCAGAUGUGGUUAAAAUAUUCUAGUGCUGCACAGUGAUUAUUAGAUUGAAACAGGUAGGUUUGAUUUGGUCUCAUACUAAUCAAAUUUACAUUUUUCCUUUUUGUUCAAUGGUUACUAUUUAAAGUAAUUUACUACCUGUCCACCAGCAAACAUGUUUCUUUUUGUGGACAUGAAUUUAUUCUAGGAAUCCUAUGUUUAAGUAAUUUUCUAUCUUGCCCUUCCUGCCUGUAAAAUAUUUGUAAAAACACAAUAUAAGCAAGAGAAAAUACCAAAAAAAAUAUAAUUUUAUGUACAGAUUAGAACUUUACAAUAUAUCCAGCAAAUUCAGAUGUUUUUAAACUCUUCA